AUCAGAAGAUCUCAGUGGAUUCUACAGAGAUUCUAGUGUUAAUUCAGUUGAAACAAUAUCUGGAGCUUUGAGGUCUUCGACAGACUUGGACAGCGAGUGGAUUUGUUAAAAAGGUUGGUGUUUUUAUUUUAUUAAAAAUUAAUUUAAAGAAAAUAUCACUAUAUGCUGGACUGGAGCCCGGGAGUAGAGCACUGACCGAGGCUAGUUAGGAGUAAAGCUAGCAGAAGCUAGCUACAAGAGGCUACUGUAAAAACAAUAAUAAGGUUUAAUCUAUCUUUUUUAUCAACAGGAAGUGCAGGAAUAGAAACCAGGUGGUCUGCAUCUUAGGCUGAGAAAAGUGAAAAAAACCUUUUCUAAGAUGUCGGAAAAUAAUUUCAACCAGUCGGUGUCUUUUAAAGAAACCUGCAAAAAUCUGGAUGAAAUAGCAGAGGGAAAGGCCAUUCAGAGUGACUCAGAAGUUGGACGAAGGGCGUUUGGUUCAGUAGCUAAAUCUCCUUUAUGUGACCAAGAAGAUGUUGCUUUGAAAAUUGUGGGAAAAGAAAAUGGCUCAUCUGCCAACAAGGAGCCAGAAGCUGUUUUACACCUUAAUCCUGACAAGAAAAACAUCAUGGUUGACAGGUUUUUGCAUGAAGACUUUAAUGGCUUUGAGUUGCUGAACCAGCAUCUGUUGGAUUUUAUGGAACAGAGGAGGUCAUCUCUGAAAGUGUCAGAGAUCCGAGCUAUUGCUAAACAAAUGCUCGUUUCGCUAAACGCAUUAGGACAAAUGAAAAUGGCACACGCUGACAUUAAACCUGAAAAUAUAAUGUUAGUCGAUCACACUUCUAUGCCAUUCAAAGUAAAAUCAAUUGAUUUUGACCUCUGUCAUAGAAUUUCUGAUUUACCGGAUUUGGGUGUAUUUCAGACCAAAGCCUACAGCGCUCCAGAAGUCUACGUGGGGUUUCCAGCAACUGAAGCUGUGGACACAUGGGGACUUGCAGCAACUUUAGCUGAGCUUUAUCUUGGUCAGUGCCUUUUUCCAGGUAAAACUGAUUAUGAGAUUUUAAAAUCAAUAGUUAGUCUCGUUGGUCAGCCGGACAAACACAUACKUGACGGGGCAUGCAGAGCCACACAAUACUUUACGCUUCACCAGACAGACUCUGGAAGUGCGUGGCAAUUCAAAACUGCAGAAAAAUACCAACAAGAGUUUGGGAAGAAAAUCGGACAAUAUAACGAGUUAAUACCUUUUGAAGAAGUACUUUAUUUGACAUCCUUUAUGCGUAAUCCUUAUGAGAUACAGGAUUUGAAAGUAUUCAUAGACUUGCUGAAACGAAUGCUAGCUGUGAACCCUGGAGACCGGAUCAAACCUGCAGAUGCUUUGAAACAUGACUUCAUUACAAUGAGUCAUCUUCCUUACAACAGCAAUGAUUGUUAUGUAAAAGAAGCAUUUCAAAUUAUGUUAAAUUGUCAGCCCACACUCACAGACGGUUUACCAAUGGACCAAGAUGGCACAAACACCUUGCAUCCUGGUCCUAUYGUGGAGCCACCUGUCAAAAAUAACCCUGAAGAAAAGGGCGUGGACUUGAAAGAAUUACCAGAAUCUAAAUCAAGUGAUCUUAUGAGUCAAAUACAGGAGGGUUUCACCAUCUGCAAAAAAUCUAAUGCCUACCAUGUGGAAAAACUCCUCGGACGAGGUGCUUAUGGAUUA